AUGCAGGUGGAUGGCGCUGAGGAUCCAGUGGCCGGACGGUUGCGAAAGGAGCACCGAAAGCUAGCAGACUUGCUGUCCACCCGUGAGGGCCAGGUCUAUUUUCUGGUGAAGUUCCUUGUGCAAAGGGGAAGCGAGGUGGCUGAGGAGUUCAGACAUCGACUGAAGAAAGGUCAGCCGAUCCACGCGCGUGGCUACAACUUCUCGGAGGAGGUCAUCACUGAAGCUUUGCAGCAAUGGGAAGGGAAGGGCACUUCCACUGCGAGGAGUCCGGUGCCAGAAAGCUCGGCGACAGAACACAACGAGGGCAAGGCAACAGGCCAAGCAACAGGCAUCGCUGCCACCAAAUCCAGGGAGAAACCCGAGGUGCCAAGGCCAACGCAAGCCGAGCCCGCCCCGCAGGUUGCGCAGGUUGCCGCCUCAGACCUGAGACCUUCUACUGCGGUUUCCCCUGAGUUCUGGCACCAAGGAUGGCGUGAAGCCAGGCUUGCAAAGCUUCAUGAACGCCAGCCGGAGAAGGCGACCUUCCUCCAAGAACCUGAGAAAUUUCUACAGGACCUGGAUGGAGAUGGCCGAAGCCAAUCGACGGUGUGGGGAUACAACUCCUUCAGUGCCGGCUCUGGGGAACGCAAGGUGGGCAGAUUGGGGCUCCACCGCGAGGAAGACCUGGACCUGGACUUCUCCUCCGCGCUAGAGGUGGACCUAGGCCGUGGCCUUGGGACUUCGGUCACGCGCGACUCCUUUGGCUUCUCCUCUCACCACUCUGUGGGCGUGCGACGGGCUCCAGGCGGAGUGGACAGAGCAACGAGCUUUCAAGCUGCGUCCAAUCGGCCCAACCAAGGCUUGGAGCAGAUGCCUUUCGACCAUCAAAUCCGUGGAAUGCGCUGGAAGGGCGAGGGCGUUUGCUGCUUCAUCUUGGCCGGCUCGGGGGGAAUCGAUGCGUUCCGAGCUUCCAGGGUCCUACCGCACUUGUUACAUUUGAGUACCUUGAGCAGUGGACACUUGGGGCAGGCAGACUUGAGUGGAUUCCGAGCCUGCGUGCUACUCUGUGACUUGAUGGAGUGGCCUGCCUCCCAAGACGACGCAAAAGAUCUCUUUUCUGCCUGUAAGGAGCUGGCCUCCAACGGCUCAGCCGUGGCCGUCAUCGCAGUUUUCUUGGCACCCAUCCCGGGAGGUCCGGAUCGGGAUGCGGCGUCGACCCAAGCACUUCAUAGCGCCGUGUUGGCCGCUGGGGCCGACUGUGUGCUCUUUUCCUGUCCAACGCAUCCGGUGACUUUCAGGCACCUCCAAGCUGCCAUUCAAGGUACCGAAGCUUGGCAUGAAAGAAUCGCUGAGGCCAUUGAAAGUGCUCAGGCAAAACUCGCCCGGGCGCAGGAACAGCGAUGGCAGAGACAUUAUCAGAUUGCCCUGCGAAAGAUCGUGUGGAAAGCACCGCAGACCGUUUUCCCCCACAUCCCGCAGGAGGACGCCGACUUGGCAGAGAGGGAUGAUGGAGUCGGUGACUACAGCUUUGUGAGGGUCAUUGGGUCCGGCGCCUUUGGCAGUGUUUUCCUCGGCCGACAUCCCAGAUUUGGGGAUGUGGCUAUCAAAGCCAUCAAGAAGGCAUCCAUCAAGAACGUUUUUGAUUUGGCAAAGGUGGAGCGAGAACUUAGUAUUUUGAUGGGUGUCUUGGACCACCCCAAUGUCCUGGAGAUUCUGUCCUGCCUUCAUGGAGCGAACAACCUCUACAUUGUCAUGCAGUUCCUCGGGGAGUACACCUUGCACACGUACCUGCAAUUGCGGCAGACGGGGUCCGCACGCAACGUGUUGAUGCUUCCCUUCCAGGAGGUGCAGGGUAUCUUCGGAGAUAUCUUGAAGGCCAUUGCCCACUGCCAUGCAGCUCAUGUCUGCCACCGAGAUUUGAAGUUUAAGAACAUGAUGAUCGAUGCCAACAGCCGCGUGACCAUGGUGGACUUUGGCCUAGCGGUGCAGGUGGCGCCGGGCCAAGAGCUCCACGACUCCUGCGGCACCGUGCCCUUUGCGGCGCCCGAGGUGAUGACGUGUAGCAGCACCAAAGGCUAUGAGGGUACGUCCGCUGACACGUGGAGCAUCGCUGUUUGCUUGGUGGAGUUGUUGUGCGGCCUUGGCACAGUGGACAGCAUCAUUGGCCUCACACAAGAUGAUGAAAGUAACUUCGAUCACAUCGCCCAGCAAUGCCUGCUUCUUUGCACGGACUAUGUGCACCAGUUGGUGCUGUCGUAUGCUGGAAAGGACGUGCAAGGCGGCCAUCGCAAUGACUUGGUAAAGACCAUGCGGGGCGUUUUUCGAGAGAAUCCCAAGAGUCGGAUGUCCGUGCGCGACAUUGGGGCGCUGGAGGCCUUUUCAGCGAAGGCUGGGCCUUUACCCAAGGCCAAACGUUUGCGGGAUCCCAACGACGACGACGAGCGCUCUUCCUGGACGCAUUCGCAGAUCUCCCAGGGACCCAAGAGCCAGGGCAGCGGAGAGGAGGAGACGCUGUCGGACUUGUCUGUGAAUGAGUGGAUGGGCCCCGAAGCCGGCGACCUGCGCCAAGUACUACCACUGUUGGAGCGAAUAGGUGGCUCCCAGACGGUGGUGAAGGUAGUGAGCACGGUCUAUGAUUGGCUUCUGCCACGGCCAGAAUUUGGAAAAUUCUUCCUGGCUUGCCCAUUGAAGAUGGGCCGCAUUCGGGCCGGCAUUAGUUCAUUCUUGACGGAGCUCUUGGAAGAUUCCACGAAGGUGGAUCUGGAGAUGCUGAGCAACGUCCAUUGGAACCUCGGCGUCUCAGAUUUUCUCUUCACAGACUUCGCCGACGCGCUGCUGGAGGCUUUCCGAACCUGGGGCUCCCGAGGUGACUCCAACAUGGCGGAGAUCCAGAGAUGUCUGGAGAAGGUGCGGCUCCCCAUUACUGCAGGGCACCGUGCACGCCUGGCGGCUGCGCAGACGGACCGCUGCCCUCAGGAGAUCGUUUGGCUAAACAGCAGUUUGGACUGCUCCGAAGACGACUUCGCCCAAGCGCUUUCUGACCUGUUGCUACAGGAUGCGCGGCUGGAGGCCUGUUUGAAUGAAGAUAUGCGCGACCAGAUGAGCUCCUCUGCUGUCCUGAGCUUUGCCAGGACGUUCUGGCAGGGAUCAGUGGACGGGGCUAUGGAGGUGGUCUUCGCUGGGGAGACACCGCUCUUCCAGCAAGACAUUGGGGCCGUGUCCCUCUUCUGCGAGAACGUCCGGCAGGUCUUAGCCGAGAUAGGAAUGGAGGAGUCCGAUGCCAGAGACAUUCAGGUCUUGAUGGAGCAUUCUGGCGAACUGGUCUUGAACCGCGCACGAAACGCCAAAUUGGUGCAGUCUCCAUCAAUGGCCCAUGACAUCACCUGGUUCACCAAGACGCUGACGAGCCUCUGUAAGGCGGAUCCUUUCCUCCAGUUCUUUGCAGAUAAUCCCAAGAUGCAAAACUGCAUGGAAUCCAUCUUCGGACUGGUGAUGAAUGGUGGCACGCCACCUGCAGGGCCAAGCUGGAACAGCCGACUCAGGACAGCGCAUCAAGACCUCUACCUCACCGAUGCCAGGUACAGUGCCUUCAUCGCCCACAUCGACAAGGUUUUACGCGCCAUGUUCCCCUGGCCAGUACACCCUGCGGCCGUUGCCAACAGCAACAUCCGAUCUUUGGAGGGAUUCCGAACAGAGGUUCUUUGUGGAAGCACUUUGCGAAGUUCUAGGCUGCAAGCGGUGGAGGGGAUGCUGAAUUCCAGCGACUCCAGCAAGCAGCGGGUAGCCCGGCAAGCGCGCAAGGGCCGCGUGGUGUCCGCAAUGCAACGCUGUGCUGUGCAGCUGUUCAACGCCAUUGUUUUAGACCCCCGGGUGGCAGUGUUCUUCAAGAACAGCGACCCUGCCUGUAAGGACCGAAAAGCCAGAUAUUUGGGCUGCGCCCUUGCUGGCAACUUGCCAACCGUCUCGGCGCACGCCGGGGCCGGGGCAAACCCGCCUUCGACGCCGGCGUCGGAGAGGUCGGAGAAGUCCACCAUCUCUCCAACAUCGAGCCUGAAGCAGCAACAUCAGCAUUUUCGCAUCUCGGACUACCAUUUUGAUGUCUUCCUGGAUCAUGUGCGAAGGGCACUAGCCGGAGAGGAUCCUGAGGCGGCUGACUUGGCCCCGGCGCAGCUGGAGGCGCUGCGGCCCAACGUGGUGAUCGACUCGCGUGCGGCCUGCCCGGUGAGCGGCGCCACCGCCUCCAACGGCCGAGGCUGCCCCUUCCGGCGGCCCAUGGUGGAGGGAACACCGUUGCUGGAGAAGGUGGGUGGCACGGAGGAGAUCGAAAAGAUCCUGACCUUAAUGGAAAGAGAGGCGGGACAGAGGUUUGUCUCAGUGAUAGAAGCUGUUGCCAUGUGGCUUUGGCCUUUGUGGUGCGCAUUCCUAUGGCAUGUUGCUGGACAUCAAGGCAUUCCUCAAGAUGAGCUCGGUGGCAUUGGUGGCGAUGGAUGGGUUGAGCUGCCAAAGGUUGUGGAUCCCACUUGCAGCUGCCAGCCCUCCAGUUCCGCCAGUGAUGGGGAGCUGCUUCAACUCUCUCAAUGGAACUGCCUUCGAAUCCACCAGGCAGGCGUUGAUUAUGCCACGCUGGCGGCCAACUACGGUCAGAAUGUGAACCAGGAUUGGAAGGAACGGCUCCAAGCCGCCACUGCCAUGUGCGACCAAGCAAAGAAGGAGACGGACCUCAAGGCCGCCGCACAAAGCGCCUGCUGCGCUUGGGGGGAUGUCUUAAUGCAGCAGCGUGAAUGCUGCAACGUGCCGGGCCCCCCCUACUGCACCAAUCCCACCGACUCCAAGCUGGGCCAUGCAUCAGCGCUGGUACUGGCACUGCUGCUAGCAUUGCUGGCAGCGGGGCUGCCCAAGUGUGGGGCCUCCUUCUUUGCACCGAGUCUGAUGCUGGCGAAGGCUUCAGCCCCAGUUGAAGAGGAUGAGGCGCAGGAGGUCUAUCGAGCCAAAGCCGCCCCCCAAGUCUCUGAGUUGGCCCAGGAGCUAGAAGCAACUUGGGAAAGGUCUUCCCUGCGCAAUUUGAAGCAGGCAAAGGAGUGGAAGGCGCAUUCAGCACAUUGCUUCGCGGCCAUGCAGGUGGCCUUUGAUUUUCAGAAGGACUCGGUGAAGAACCAAUAUGAACACUUCAUUUCGCUCUUGCGCUCCCAUGUGUCAGUUGUGUGUGACCGGGAGAAGCGAAGGCAACCACAGAUUUGCGAAGAAACUGCGCUUCUGGCACAUGCCCUAAAAGAGCUUCACGAUGACAUCCUUGCCAGUUGUCUCCCCUGGCAGCAGCAGUUUUUGAGUGUCAGUCAGGAGGCAGAGCUGGGUGCUAGCCAGCGGCAUCAGUGGUGUAGCAUCAAAGAUGCAGGGGCCAGGUACCCAGCCGCCUUCAGAGAACUGGAGGAGCUGGUUCUAUUUCUGCUGAUCUGGGGGGAAGCUGGGAACCUGCGUAACAUGCCAGAGAUGUUGUACUUCAUCUACCAUGUGAUGUUGGAAGCUGACAGUUCCUGCCACUUCCAAGCUGGUGCGGUUGUCUCGGCCCUCAGGGCUUCAGGAAGCCUUCAUGGCAGCAGCCAUGCCUUCUUGGUGGACAUUGUGCGACCCAUCUACCGGGUGAUCUUUGAUGAACACUAUGUGGCUGUCAAGGUGAAACCUGAUGGCAAAGAUGACAAAAAAAUACGUCCCACCUAUGAUCGCUAUUUGCCCCCUGACUCCGCAAAUUAUGAUGACUGGAACGAGCUCUUUCAGGACAUCCCCAGAUUGCUUGGAAAGGUCGCUGCGCUGAUGCGACAGUCGAGGACUCGACGCUACUAUUUCUUGAGGCAAUUACCAUGGAGGAAGAUAUUGAAAGAUGCCAAGACCCAUCGCGAGCUGCACUCCUGGUGGGGUGUGUGGGCAGGAACGCAUCGAAUUUGGUUUUUGCACAGCUUGCUCUUCUUCCUGUCGAUGUUCUGGGUUUCUUCCCGCAGCUUUCAAAGCAACGCUUCAGGCUGGUCCGUGUUCUUGGGCGGCAACUCGCCCUUGGUGUGCCUUAGCUUUGUGGGGCUGCUGGUGCCUGCGCACCUGUUCCUCUGGAAAUUGGGAACUUGGUUCACCACUGGCAUUGCGUUGCGCCGUGGCAGAGCCUUGGGAGUGAUACUCUUCAUCCUUCAGGUGCUUUGUGGCUGCAUUCCGGUGGUUACCUUCCUUUUGGUGCGCUACCUGGAUGCGGUGGAUUCCCCCGAGCUUUCCGCGGCGCUGUGGAUCCACGCCUUCGUUUGCUGCCUGGGGGCCCUGGUGAUCCUGCUGCAGCCCUGCGAGAACGGCGACAAGCUGCGCCACGCCACGGGCUCCUCCUGGACGGCCAAGCUGCUGCGCUGGCUCUUUUGGGUCACCGUGCUGGCUGUGAAGUGGCUGGUGGGCCUAGGCAGCAUCGCGGCCACCCAGCAGGCCAUCACAGACCUGAGGACCAGUCAGCCGGGUCGGGAGGCGUUGAACGAGCUGCCGCAGGUGGCCUUCGGGCCCAACUGGGACAAGGACAUGGUGGAGUGGCUGGCAAUUUGGGGCACUGGUUUCAUUUGCUACGUUGCGGACACGCAGUACUGGUUCGUCCUAGGCUGUGGUUUGCUGGGCUUCGUUCUCUCCGUGUAUCAGCGGGGUUGGCGCCUCUAUACGCUGGUCUCCGAGGACGCCAUUUGUGGCGUGCCCCAGCGCUUCGCGGAGCGGGUGAUCCUCGCAGCUCCGCGGGGGAACCAGAACUUUGCGUCGCAGGCGCAGGGCCCAGUGCCAGUGCCUUCAGCUCGGAGACAGUGGUGGGUCAAGUGGUUUCCGGAUUUGUGGGACCGAAUCGUUGACUUCAUGCAUUGCGAGGACAAAUUAGACGAUUUCAUCAUUGGGCAGAUGAAAUUCGGCCCGGAUGCGCGAAAUCGAGUGUCCAUGGAAAUGUUAUGCCACGAACCCAUUGAAGCGAAGAGCAGGUUUCUUCCACCAGCCAUCUUUACUCAUAGUUCCUGCGUGCAACGAAGCAUGAGAAGAGACUUGGGCAUUUUGCCCGAUGAGACGUGGCCUUGGAAUGUGGAGGUCCAGUGGCGCCUGAACGCCUUCGCACGGAACCUGGCCUCCGAGGACCUUCCGCGGCCUUUCUUGACGCCCUACGUGCCGGGGCUGACAGUGCUGAUUCCACACUAUGGUGAGCAGAUCCUGCUGCGGCGAAGGGAUCUUGAGAUUGCGGUGGCCAAUGCGGGAGAGGAAGUGCCCUUGAUCGCCUGGCUGGAAAAGAGGUACCAUGGAGACUUCACAGCCUUCACCUCUCGGAUGACCCGGCUUCAUGAACGUUGGCCGAGAGCCGGGAGCCGUUGGGAUCAGUACCAAGAUAAUCAUUGGGAGGAGAUCUGCAUGUGGGCCUCGAUGAGGAGUCAGACUCUCUGGCGCACUGUGGAGGGGUUGAUGCUGUACCAGCCUGCACUGGACUGCUUCAACCAGAUGGUGGAGAGGGAGAAUCAACGUUCGCUGCUCUUAUGGGAUUCCUAUGAGGUCUUUACCUGCAUGGUUUCCAUGCAAAUGUAUGCUUUCUUCGAUGAUGAUCAGUACCGCCACACUGAAAAGCUUUUAGAGCGCUUCCAACGGCCCGACCGAGCGGGUCAGACCCCAUGGCAGAGUUUCCAGAUUGCCUUCAUUGAUUUCAAAGAAAAGGGUGAGAACGCCAAUGCGGAUGGCAUCCAUGCCGCCCAAGAGCGGCGCUAUUUCAGCUGCCUCAUCGACCCCGGCUGUGCGAGGGAGGGCCUGCGGAGGAAGCCGCGCUUGACGGUGGAGCUCCCCGGAUUUCCCAUCCUCGGUGAUGGCAAGGGAGACAAUCAGAACCAUGCCAUCAUCUUCAGCCGCGGCUCCAUUAUUCAGUGCAUUGACGCAAAUCAAGGAGGCUACUUUGAGCAGAUGCUCUUGUUACCCUGUGCCCUUGGAGAGUUUCGUCAAGAGGGACCUGGAUUGAACCCUCGCAUUGUCGGCUUCGCGGAACACAUUACCAGUGACAUCGGAUCCCUUGGUGACUUCGCGGCUGGAGCUGAAACGGCCUUUGGAACUGUGUUGCAGCGCUGCUACUCCUUCUUGGGGGGACGCAUGCAUUAUGGGCAUCCAGACAUGAUGAACAAGGAGUUUAUGAUUCAACAAGGUGGCGUCUCCAAGGCAACGAAAACGGUGAACCUAUCGGAGGACAUCUUCGCAGGGAUGGAUUUCACCCUGCGUGGCAAUGGGCGGAACAUCGUGCAUCGCGAGUAUUUGCACGUGGCCAAGGGAAGGGAUUUGGGCUUCAACACCAUCCUGACGUUUUUCUCGAAGCUGUCGGCGGGAACGGGGGAGCAGUUGUUGACACGACAAGUGCUGCGGCUGGGCCAUGAGUUGGACUUGCCGGAAUUUCUCACCUUCUACUAUGCUCACGCAGGCUUCUACUUGACCCAGUUCUUCCUGUCCAAGAGUAUCCCACUCCUGGUCUUCAUUUGGCUGGUGGUGGUCCUUGAUGAUCCAGAGCAGAACUUCCCAGCCAUGGAUCCGGAUUCCAAGGGCACAUCUGGUGCCACCGUGAUCGCAACGAUGCUGAUCACACAGUUCUCAAAGCUACUGCUGCUGUUCAUAGUGGCUCAAUUAGCCCCACUGUUUAUGCAGGUAUGGCUGGAAAGCUCCAUAGUCUCUGCCUUCCUGCGGGUGAUCAAACAGAUCUUCACCUUGGCUCCGCUGCACUUUGUCUUUCAGGCGAAGGUGAUUGGAAACUACAUCACCAAUGAGGUGACGCUGGGAGGGGCCAAGUACCUGCCCACUGGCCGCGGUUUGCCAACCACUCGGCGUGCCUUUCUGAGAAGACUGGACAAAGGAGGAGGUUUGUACAACGACUAUGCGGUAUUGGCCUUGUAUGAUGGUGCACAGCUGUUACUAGCUGUGCUGUUGGUGAUUUUGGGCGGUGGUUUGGCUGUCCAGCUCUCUCUCUUUUGGUGGCUGCUGGCUCUUGGUUUGACAAUCUGUUCCUGGCUCUUGGCUCCUUUCAUUUUCAACCCCUACCAGUUUGCACACACCCACUUCCGCGCGGAUCUGGGUGACUGGAAGGAGUUCUUCUUUGAUGGCAAGGGCAGAUAUUGGGCGGAGUGGUACACAAAGACCCGGCUUCUGCCUGGUGCUGGGCUCCGAAGCUCCGGGGUGGAGAUUAUCAAGAGAGGCCUGUUCCUGGGAGCUUGGUAUACCAUCCUCAACCAGAAGGUGCACAUGCUGACCGUGAUCUUCUCAGGUAGUUCGCGGCUGAUUUUCAGCAUUGGUUUGGUGGCCAUGCCCCCCAUCGGCAUGUCCUUGGUGGCGUGUUGCAUCCUGCCAGCCCUGCCUUCACUGUGGGGCCAACCUGGUGAGCCCUUGGCAUUGGGAUGGAGCGCCCUGACAGUGGUGCUGUUGGAUUGCCUUGAGACCAUCUUGUACUUGUGGAAGCUAAUUUGUGUGAAGUGGUGGAAGUCCUUCGCAGUAGGUUUGCUCUUGAAAUUUUGCCUUCUCUCCUUUUGCCUGGAGAUUUGUGAAUGCGCCUUCAGGCUGCAUGGAGGCAGUCCACCAGCGUGGCUGCGUGUGAGGAUCAACAUGUGGUUGCACGGACAUCGUAUGGCACAGGAUAUCUUUGUAUCCUCGUUGAUUUUGGCAUUGCUCUCUGUUGGUGCCAUGUGUUGUGGUUGCGACUUCUGCGGCCUUCACAACAUUUUGGUCUACCGCGACCCUGGGGGUGUCCACAAAAACCAGCAGGCCCAGGCCGUCCCGCAGCGUGGCGAGGGCCGUGAUGGCUUCAGUACCUUUACCGACCUAUCGCCGGGCUACAGCACCGCCACCCCACGCAGAGCGGUGGAGGCGGAUGAGCCGCCAGAGGAGUCGGAGCUGCAAAUGGCACCGGAAAUUGAGGCAGGGGCACCACCGAGCUUCAGCACCACCACCCCACGCAGGGUGGUGGAGGCAGAUGAGCCGCCAGAGGAGUCGGAGCCAAGAGUCGGAGGGGCACCACCGGAGGAGCCCUGAUGCUGAUGAUAGAUCUGCUUGGGAUCUCACGUUUGGAAUUUGGAAGGAUCUGGGGCUAAGAGGGGCCCUAGAAACGUCGAAUUGUUUCUAGCUGCUGGGCCGGGCAAGGAUGCAAAGCAUCUGUUCACAGUUGCCGAGUCCGGAGGAAAA